UCAUGAAAAGAAAAGUGAAUUGACUGUAAGAUUCAGUGUUCAUCCUGUAAAAAUAGUUAUCUUGGCGAACCAACGGAUGGUCACCAGUGCUACAGCCAGAUGGAUGUAGAUUCCGACUACUGUUUUGACCCUGAUGACCGCAAUGCUUGUGGCAGCAACUACAAGCCAUUGUUAAAAGGCCGGACUCUUUUUUAUGCUGUCCAGCCUAAAUAUCUCAAUGUUAACAUCCGUAUCACUAUUGAUGUUACCCAAGGCGGAGUUGAUGUCUACUUCUCACCUGAUGAUAAGACAUUUGUUGUGGACCUUAACCGUGAAACAUGGUUCCAUGAAGUGAAACUUGAUAAAAGUCUCAAAUUUCAAGCUAUGUACCACGAAUACAUGCAAUAUACUCGGAAUGAUGUAAACUAUUACUUAAGGAAAGAAGUUGCAAAAGAUACCAACAAAUUUAUAACACUUGAACAAGCAAAUACUACACUCAAUGUAACUGAUGUACGUUUUCGGCUUGUCAUUACACUGCCUUUAGAUGUACAUGAUUUGGAGAAAUCUCAGUUUUACAUAAUUAUUUAUGGUCGUGGUGAUAUAAACAGUAAUACCACUUACGGAAAGUUAUUUUUCCGUCAAGACCAGCCCCAUAUUGACUUAUUUGUAUUUUUCAGUGUAUUUUUCUCCUGCUUUUUCCUUUUUUUGGCAAUUUGUGUUUUAAUAUGGAAAAUAAAACAAACAGUCGAUGCUCAACGCAGUCGGCAGCAACGAGCACGUGAAAUGCAACACAUGGCAUCCAGACCAUUUGCAGGUGUUUUGGUUUUGGUUGAUCAUGAUGUUGUUUUAUCAAAUCCAACCACACGAAAACUCAGAGUCAAUAAACCAACAGCACGCAGUCCUCAAUGCCCUGAGGUUAAUUUGAUGCACCAAUGUUUACGUGAAGACCACUUCAGUAUCUCACCAAUUGCAAUAGAGCCAACUGAAGAUGGUAUAGCUUCUGUAGCAACAGUAGUGUUUCAGCUACCCGGGGGUGGAAGUACAGCUUCUAAAGUGUGUCUGGGCUCUGCCUUGACUAUGCGUAUGUGUCCUGGAACUGCAAAUUUAAGAAUGACAAUGCGCCGCCGUCCUAGCUCAUCUCUUGCUUGAUCUUGAUCACAACAUCUGUUACUGUCAGGUGAAACAUUUCCAUUACAGAAACUGAGUUUGAAGUCCAACAGAAAGCAUGAAAAGAAAAACACACACAGUAAAAUGUAAAGUAAGAAAGAGAUAUUUCUCAGGUGUUGGGACAAGAAAGCAAAUUAACUUUCAAAGAUCAUUGUAUUUAAUGGGACUAGCCACAUUAAUUUAUGAAUUUCUCUUUUCUUUUUCAUUGUACAAAUUAAUGCAAUCUCAAUUGGUGUGACUACUGGCCAGUAUUAACUGAAAGUAAGUGAUUAUUCUGUUCACUGUGUGAAGGUUGAACUGCCAAGCUGUUUGCUGACUUUUUCUAACAGCCUCCAUUAAACAUUUGCUGAUCAUCAUUAUCAUAUUGGUAUUUUGUUUUUAAAAGCAGUAUGGUAACUAGACAAAUAGAGAAAUAAAACAUUCUGCCAAAUCCAUUACAAAAGACAUUGAAUAAUGCCUUGGAAUUUGAAAUAUAAAACCUUCAAAACCAAAACAACCAAAAUUUCUUCCUACAUCACUUUUGUGUACCAUGUCAUUAUUUCUGUAUAUUAUUUAUUGCCUUUAUUUUAAUUCUACUACAUUUUUAUUGCAGUCAAGAUUGUGGAAGUAUUUUCUUUGGAAAUGUUAUUAGUUAUUGAGUGAGAGAGAGAGAGAGAGAGAGAAAGAGAGAGAGGUGGCAGGGUGAAAGAGAUGGAAUGAGAAAGAGAGAAUACAUGUGUAAAGAGACACAUUUUGAAAACACUUGGAAAUGAAACAAAACAGACUGGAAAACUGACUUCAAAAGAAUUCCUGAAACAAAAUAUGGAAAUAAAAAGGAAAAAUGAAAUAAAAUGAAAUUUGGUAAAAUAUCUGGAAAUCUGAAAUAUAAAGAAAAUAUUUUCUAACCCUUGAACUGUGGAAUUUAUCAUGAAUAUAAUUUUUUGUGGAAAAUUUUGGUAUCCGUAUCUGAUAUUUUAUCUAAUUAAAUGAUAAUUAUCAAUGAGAUUUAAACAUUUUUCAGAUUAAUAGAUUAAUUUCAUUUUAUAGGCAAUAUCACCUUUAUUUCAAAUCUUGUACGGAUAUUUGUCUUUAGUGCAAGGGUUGUAUUUUGACUGUAUAUACAUAUAGCUUUGAAAAUAUUUCAGCAUUCCCUUAGAUUUUGAUUAUUGCUGCUUAUAAACAGUUUUUAUAAGUGUACAUGCACAUAUUUCAUUUCACACACAUACAUUCACACAUAAAUUUCAUCAAUAUGUAUUGGUAUUUUACUUAUGUGUCUUUCAAAACUAAUAAAAAUAUAGAUUUAAUAUUUUUA